AAGUCAUCUACACUCCUCUCUACUCAAGAACAACCUCAACAACCUACAACAUGUGUGGCUACUACGGAAAUUACUAUGGCGGCAGAGGCUAUGGCUGCUGUGGCUAUGGAGGCCUGGGCUAUGGCUAUGGAGGCCUGGGCUGUGGCUAUGGCUCCUACUAUGGCUGUGGCUACCGUGGACUGGGCUGUGGCUAUGGCUGUGGUUAUGGCUAUGGCUCACGCUCUCUGUGUGGCUGUGGCUAUGGAUGUGGCUCAGGCUAUGGCUCUGGAUUUGGUUACUAUUAAAAACACCAUAAGAGACUCUCAUCUUCUUCAAUUGUGACUUUUGGACUCACCCAAUACACUGAGUCUCCUCUCUGAAGAUUAUGCUGCCAGGAAAUUAUUAGGAUCUUCUGUGACUUGCAUUGAGGCCACAUGCUCCCUGGAUGUCCCUCAGAAAGAGAGGGAAUGAAAUUGACAUGACUCCUGUCACUUCCAUAAUUCCCAGAACAAUGUCAUCAGAGCAAUGGCCUUGAUGAUUCUCAUUUUUGUCCUCAUUUAUCUCAUCUCUAAUAAACAUC